CACCCUUAAGCACGACAAAAGAUUAAAAUAGAAAAGUUAAGGCCUUAAACGGAUAAAGAAAAAUAUGUACAUUUCUAAAUCCUAAUAAUCAAAGCUGUUUUCUUACAUCACAACCACUCUCCUCUCUCGCCUUUAGCAGAAAGAAAAUAUAAAUUAAUUAAAACAAAAAAAAACACUUCUUCACUGCCUAUAUAUACCAUAUUUUCACCGCCUUUAAGUCUCCAUCCCCUUAUCAAGUACUUCAGUUUUCAAGAAAAAUGGUAUCCAACUCUCUCAUUAUUUUCUUGUUUCUCUUGUUGGGUUUUUCUUUCCGUGCCAGUAAAGCUGCUCUCGAGCCAUUUGCCUGCGACUCAAAAGAUGGAACGACAAAGAACUUGCCGUUUUGCCAAGUGAAGUUGCCGAUACAGGAUAGAGUUAAGGACCUUAUUGGAAGGCUGACAUUGGCGGAGAAGGUCGGGUUGCUAGUUAACAAUGCAGGUGCAGUUUCAAGGCUUGGGAUUAAAGGGUAUGAGUGGUGGUCUGAAGCACUUCAUGGGGUCUCGAAUGUGGGUCCUGGGACUAAGUUUGGCGGGUCCUUCCCUGGAGCCACUAGCUUCCCUCAAGUCAUCACUACUGCUGCCUCUUUCAAUUCUACACUUUGGGAGGCUAUUGGACGGGUCGUGUCAGAUGAAGCCAGAGCCAUGUACAAUGGAGGAGCGGCAGGACUCACGUAUUGGAGCCCCAAUGUGAAUAUCUUAAGAGACCCAAGGUGGGGCCGUGGACAGGAAACUCCCGGUGAAGAUCCUUUGUUGGUCGGUAAAUAUGCGGCGAGCUACGUCAAAGGUCUACAGGGAAAUGACGGUGAGCGAUUGAAGGUAGCUGCUUGCUGUAAACAUUUCACGGCGUAUGACCUGGAUAACUGGAACGGAGUGGAUCGUUUCCAUUUUAAUGCUAAGGUAAGCAAGCAGGACAUGAAGGACACGUUUGAUGUGCCAUUCAGGAUGUGUGUGAAGGAAGGAAAGGUGGCUAGUGUUAUGUGCUCUUAUAAUCAAGUUAAUGGCAUCCCUACUUGUGCUGAUCCCAAUUUGCUACGGAAAACUGUACGGACUCAAUGGGGAUUAAACGGGUAUAUUGUUUCAGACUGUGAUUCAGUUGGGGUUUUUUAUGAUAAGCAGCACUAUACGUCAACUCCUGAAGAGGCAGCUGCUGAUGCUAUCAAAGCAGGUCUAGAUUUGGACUGUGGUCCAUUCCUUGCUGUGCACACGCAAGAUGCAGUCAAGAGAGGCCUGAUAAGUGAGGCUGACGUAAAUGGUGCUUUAUUUAAUACACUAACUGUUCAGAUGAGGCUAGGAAUGUUUGAUGGCGAGCCAUCAGCUCAGCCAUAUGGGAAUUUGGGUCCAAAAGACGUGUGCACCCCAGCUCAUCAAGAGCUAGCCCUUGAAGCAGGAAGACAAGGCAUUGUUCUUUUGAAGAAUCAUGGUCCUUCAUUGCCAUUAUCCCCUCGCCGUCAUCGCACUGUUGCCAUUAUUGGUCCUAAUUCCAAUGUCACUGUCACUAUGAUAGGCAAUUAUGCUGGUGUUGCUUGCCAAUAUACUACUCCCUUGCAAGGAAUUGGGAGCUAUGCGAAGACAAUUCACCAGCAAGGUUGCGCAGAUGUGGGCUGUGUCACCGACCAACUAUUUAGCGGAGCAAUUGACGCUGCACGACAAGCGGAUGCAACAGUUCUAGUAAUGGGGCUUGAUCAAUCCAUUGAAGCAGAAUUCAGAGACAGGACUGGGCUUCUUCUUCCAGGACGUCAACAAGAGCUUGUCUCUAAGGUUGCCAUGGCCUCCAAGGGUCCAACCAUUUUGGUCUUGAUGUCUGGUGGGCCUAUCGAUGUAUCUUUUGCUAAGAAGGAUCCAAAAAUUGCAGCCAUCUUAUGGGCUGGUUACCCAGGGCAAGCCGGUGGAGCAGCCAUUGCUGAUGUCUUGUUUGGAACAAUUAACCCAGGAGGGAAGCUGCCAAUGACAUGGUAUCCACAAGAGUACAUCACAAAUCUGCCAAUGACUGAGAUGGCCAUGAGGUCAAGCCAAUCAAAGGGUUAUCCUGGCAGAACCUAUAGAUUCUACCAAGGGAAAGUGGUCUACCCAUUUGGGCAUGGAAUGAGCUACACACACUUUGUUCACAACAUAGCAAGUGCACCCACCAUGGUUUCAGUACCGCUUGACGGACACCGCGGAAACACGAGCAUUUCAGGGAAAGCAAUACGAGUGACACAUACAAAAUGUAACAAGCUCUCAUUAGGGAUUCAGGUAGAUGUGAAGAAUGUGGGAUCCAAAGAUGGUACCCAUACACUGCUAGUAUACUCUGCGCCACCGGCUGGCCGUUGGUCUCCUCACAAGCAAUUAGUGGCAUUCGAAAGGGUGCAUGUUUCUGCCGGGACACAGGAAAGAGUUGGAAUUAGCAUACAUGUCUGCAAGUUGCUUAGUGUUGUAGAUAGAUCAGGAAUUCGAAGAAUCCCAAUUGGGGAACAUAGUAUUCACAUUGGUAACGUUAAGCACUCAGUUUCUCUUCAAGCUACAGUUCUUGGGGUCGUAAAGUCAUAGUUUCAUCUUUUGGGCUAUAUAUAUAUACUGCUCAAAUUAAGUACAUGAUAACCCAUUAAUUGGAUUACAUAAUUUGCUGUUAGUCUUUCUUGAGGAUGUAUCUUAGUCAGUGAAAUGAGACAUACUAAAUAUCUCUCGGAUUUGGGUUGUUCAA